GUGCGACCCCCGCAGGCGCAGAUGGUUUCUUCCAGCUGAACUGAAGUGAUGCUGCUGAUGCCAGAACGCUGAGGACGAGACGAUGGCGAGCGCGCUCACAGCAGCCCAGUGUCUCUAAAAUACAGAGCAUCUAACAGCGAUGGACGGCAGUGUCCUCCCCGACCAACAACAGCUGCUGGUGUUCCUGAAGAAGCUCAAAGAAGUGUUCGACGUGUGCGACGAGGAUGCGGACGGUUAUAUUCGUGUUGAGCACUUCGUGGACCUCGGUCUACAGUUCGGCCAAGGAGACGAAGUGAAGAAGUUUGCCAAGUACCUGGAUCCUAAUGCUCAUGGCAGAAUUAACUUCAAAGAUUUCUGUCAUGGAGUGUUUGCAAUCAAAGGCUGUGAGGAGAUCCUAAAAACGGCACUUGGGACCCCCAGCAUCAGUGCACAGCCUUACCAGACGGACAAUGGCUACUACUAUCAGCACGGGGAGGGGAGUCUGGGACCCCCGAUCAUUGUGUGCACGCGACCGUACCCAGAGUGCCAGCUGUAUUCUGAUGAGGAAGGAAUGGUUGGACGGGACGUGCUGGAGGCAGACAUGGACAGUGCAGGAGACAGUGGGGCAGGAUCUGAAUCUUCUGAAGGAGGACGUCAUGAUGAGAAAGAAGGACUGGGUGGACUCUUUCUACGUGGAAACAGCUGUUGUCAGAUGGUGUCGUCAGCAGCAGCUUCAGUGAUCUCAGUGGAGGAGCAGUUUGAGGACUAUGGAGAGGGAGAAGAUGUGGACUUCACUCCCAGCAGCCCCAUCCCUGAUGAUGACACACGUACCAAUGGUUUCUCUGACUUGGGCUCAUCUCUGCCCUCCAGUGCUGGUCAGACCCCUCAGAAGAUCAGGCAUCUGUACAACAGUGAGCUUCUGGAUGUUUACUGCUCUCAGUGCUGCAAGAAAGUCAACCUGCUCAAUGACCUAGAGGCCAGACUCAAGAACCUCAAAGCUAACAGCCCAAACAGGAAAAUUUCCAGUACAGCAUUUGGUCGUCAGCUCUUCCACCACAGUAACUUCAGCAGCAGUCAGGGCAGCACAGAGGACCUGUUCAGAGACAGCAUCGACUCCUGUGACGUUGACAUCACUGAGAAGGUGAGUUAUUUGGAAAAGAAGAUAACAGAGCUUGAAAAUGACAGUCUGGCUAAUGGAGAUCUGAAAUCCAAACUUAAACAGGAAAACACACAACUAGUUCAUAGGGUACAUGAGCUGGAGGAGCUGAUCAAAGAUCAGGAGGCGCGUGCAGAGCAGUGUUUAGAGGAAGAGCUGAAGAGACACAGAGAGGCCUACAGUAAGAUGGAGAGAGACAAGAGUACUGAGAUUGAACUGCUUAGUAACAGGGUCCAGCAGCUGGAAGAGGAGAACGCAGAGAUGAAAGUGAAUGUGUGCAGACUCAAGUCUCAAACUGAGAAACUGGACCAGGAGAAGCAACGUAUGACUGAUAAACUGGAAGAUACAAGCCUGCGUUUGAAGGAUGAGAUGGAUCUGUACAGGAAAAUUAUGGAUAAACUUUGGCAGAACAGACAUGAGUUUCAGAAGGAGCGAGAGGCCAUGCAAGAGCUGAUUGAGGACCUACGGCGUGAACUGGAGCACCUACAACUCUUUAAACUGGAAGCUGAGAAGCCCGGCCGUGGCCGUAACGCCGCAGGACUGUCUGAGUACAAUGCCAAGACUCGAGAGAUUGAACUGGAGCAUGAAGUAAAACGGCUUAAGCAGGAGAACCAUAAACUCAGAGACCAGAAUGAUGAUCUGAAUGGACAAAUUCUCAGCCUCAGCCUUUACGAGGCCAAAAACCUGUUGGCAUGUCACACCAAGGCCCAGUCACUGGCAGCAGAGAUAGACAAUGCCUCCAGAGAUGAGCUUGUUGAGGCUUUGAAAGAACAAGAGGAGAUCAACUUCCGUUUAAGGCAGUACAUGGACAAGAUCAUCCUGGCUAUCCUCGACCACAACCCCUCCAUUUUAGAGAUCAAGCAUUAGGCUCCUGGGCUGAGAGCGGAUAGAGGACUCACACUCGACAGAGAGCUCCCCGUUCAGGCCAGGGGUGUAAAAUGCACCACCUCUGCCCCCUUACAUCAAGUCAUCAUGUAUUUACAGAGCAAGUUGCUGUCAAAAUGAUUGUGUCUCUCAUGUGCUUGUCUCACACACGUGGGUCACGUUUCCAUCACUGCUCAAGUCAUCACGCUGUGCAUUUAGGCUGUAGAAAUGACAAAAACAAGUGAUGAAACUGAAAUCUAGAGUAGAAGUGUAUCUUUGCUCUCGGUUAUAUAUAUAUAUAUAUAUACACACUACCUCUGAGUAUGUACAACUCAGUGUUUUAUUCAACACGACAUGAACAAAAGAAGUAGAAUUAUAUUAAAUAUCACACGGUCACACCAUACAGGAGAGCUAUACAUGCACCCUAUGGCAUGUGAGGGUUUAUUAUUAUUAUUAUUAUUUGAACAUUUAAUCAGCCCUCAAGUAUUUCUUUAUAACGUGCUGUGUGCCUAUGAAGUCUUAACAGUCCAGCACUGAAUCAACAGACAGACCUAUAGAAAGACAUGACUGUAUAAUAACUGUAAUCAGCAGAUUAGGGAACUUCUUUUGAAUGUUCUCUGCCAACACACGCUGUGGUCUGCUGUGAAAAUCAUAAU